CGGAAUGCCGAAGACGGUGGCUGGCAUUCUGUGCGCUCUUCAUAGGCUGUGUCCGAAUCCGGAAACCGUUCCCGUAUGAUUUUGAAAGCAUCAUUUCUCUUCUCCGGAUCCCGAUCGGAGAAAGAAAAACCUGCGGAGGAUCGAGGGGACUGAAAAGUUGACUGAAGAAGAUCGCCGGUACUGUGUAUUAAGGAAGGGUACCGACUUAUCUUUUGAGACACAACAUCGUUGGAAGGAGCGGCGCUCAUCUCUACCGUGAGAACUGGUGAGACUCCUCUCCGCAGCUGGCAAGAGAUUGAGGACACAGUACAUCAUCCCCCAGUGAUUGUGAGACGAUUUCAUCGAGGCGUGACGGAGCGUACGGCCUGGAAAAUGUGGCCGUGUAGGGUCAUACUCUCGCUUGUGCUGUUUUCGCCUGCGAUCGCGCUCGAAAUUCAGUUUCCCGGAGACGACUCUGCAUCGACCGCCAACACAACUCCAAGGUCGUUCUCGAGUACGACACCGAUCCCUGCCGAAGUUGUUACGAUCGCCCUCAAUGCGACCGAUACGGAUUCGCAUAUAGAGGCAGUGCACCAGUUUCUGACAACGCCUGCCAGUGUCGAAGAAGAUCCAAAGAAUUCAUCAUCUGAUCUCGGGGGUCGAUCCAUUCUGCCGCGGAGGUACUCUGGAUGCCGGGCCCCAACGCGGGAGACCGGUAGUUGCGGUCCUGUUCGUCAGUGCCCGGGAAUCUACCGGAUCCGGGACGCAUCGUACCUUCGGAGUUUCCUCUGUGGCUACGAGAACCAGCUCCCUCUGGUUUGCUGUCCCUAUCGAUGGACAUCAGAGUAUUUCUACUCUGGUCAGAGGGCAACGACGACCCGCGCCCCGCGUUACAACAACAACAACGACAAUGGGUACGGAUCCUACCAGAAUCCUUACCAGUACGGCCAGCAGGACAACUACAACCGAUACUACCCUCAGCCCUCUUCCCGGUACCCUCAGUAUCCUGAGUAUGCAAGACCCGUGAACAAUUUAUAUUUCAGCCCGACGAGUCAACGACCGUCUCGAACUACAACGACAGUGACCCCGCGAGCAACUACGCGAACCCCAGCGACCAGGAAACCAUCGAAUCAAGAGGUUUCCUCCACGAGACCUCGCAAACCAUCAUUUCUCCCGGAGAAAUGCGGUCUCGGAGCUGGUCUGAGACGUAUCGUUGGGGGAACCGAAGCCCGUGUCGGGGAUUAUCCGUGGAUGGCAGCGAUUUACUACAAUCAGCAGAACUCUUGGCUACAAGCAUGUGGGGGAGCUCUAGUCUCGAACUUGCACGUUGUCACGGCUGCUCAUUGUGUGGUGGCCGGAAGUCGAAGCCAAAAUCUACCCACUCGCUAUUUCCUGGUCCGUCUGGGUGACCACGAUCUAGUUUCUGAGGACGACUCGUCCGCUAGCGAAGAUUUCAAAGUCGCGAAGAUCAGCAGGCACAGCCAAUUCAACUCCGAGACUUACAAGAACGAUAUCGCUCUGAUGCAACUCGAAACCCCGGUGACUUUCAACGAGUUCAUCGGCCCUCUGUGUCUUCCUUACGACGGAGUUUACGGGAACCUCGACAAUGAGAUCGCGAUCGUCUCAGGAUGGGGCUACACGAAGUACGAGGGGAAGGGAAGCAACGUGUUGAAACAAGCGGCUAUACGGAUCUGGCCGGAGAAUGAAUGCAGGGAAGCUUACAAGAAAGAGGUCGACAUAACUCCGGAAUAUCUGUGCGCGGGUGACGGGAAGCAAGACUCUUGUCAAGGAGACUCCGGGGGUCCUCUUUUCUACAACGAGGGAACGAAAUUUUAUCUCAUCGGAGUUGUGUCCUUCGGGAAGAAAUGCGCGACUCCUGGCUACCCUGGCGCAUAUACACGGGUCACCAAGUACCUGGACUGGUUGAACGAUCACUUCUGAUCGAUCGAACUGUUAUUUACCUAUAUAAUCAUGUGAAUGAUCGAAUACACGAAUGGGACGCACAUGUGAUAAAGAAUUCCAAUUCA